AUGAGAUACGGUUGGUGGCGGCAUAAACUUUACUUCACAAGAAUUCCUUUUCACGUAAGUGCAGUUGUUCAUCAAGCACUGUAUUUAGGAGCACUUGUGGCUCAAAUGUAUAUGCUCCUUACAUGUGAGGUUCUGUUCAUUUCUGAAGAUUCUCAUGAUUCUGUAUGCUCAUAUGUUGAUGCCAGUAAAAAUGGGGCAAUAGUAGGAACUUUUAGCAAGGAAAAGGAAAUGAACCGUUGCUUGUUUCCCACCAUUGCUGUCCACAACCAAAAUGAGGAGGUUCAUGUCAACUUUGGGCAAAAUAAGUUUUCUUUUGAUCUGAAGGAAUAUGAAGCUCAAGAAAGGUUGAAGCAGCAGAUGACUAUUGAAAAUAUGCCUCUACCUCCAAAUAUUAGUUAUGGGUAUUUUUUUCUCCUUCUGCUUUUAUGUAUUUUCUGUUAUGUUGUUUUACAUGCCUGUCCAUUGCAGUUACCUAUUGGAUGAUUUGAUGUUUGUGGUUAAAGAAGUAUCUAAAUUAUUUAAAUCUAGGCUACUGCUAUGAUAAUGUAACAGUUUCUGUAAAAUAGAAACUUGUCCUCUAGGCAAUGGUGUUAAUAUUAACUGCAUGUUGUUGGUUCUUGAUAACUGGUCUAUCUUCUGCCUCAUGUUACAUCACAUUGUAAUAAGGCAUUGAAGAAGUCUGAAAGGGUUUUGAAGCACCAGAAGCGGUAUGAGUAGAAGAUAAAAUAUUAAUACUUGAAGAUAUAU